AUGGACAUUCUUUUCGCCCAGAUCCAGGCCGACCUCCGCUCGAAUGACGCGCUUCGCCAGUCAUCGGCGCUUCUUCAGGCGCUGCAGCAAUCCGCCGCCGGACGGGAUAUCUCGGUGAUCGCUAAGUCUGCAGUGGAGGAGAUUGUUGCCUCCCCGGCAUCGGCUGUUUGCAAGAAGCUCGCAUUCGAUCUCAUCCGAUCUACCCGCCUGACUCCGGAUCUUUGGGACACGGUUUGUUCAGGUGUGAAAACUGAUCUUCAUUUCCCGGACCCCGACGUCACCGCCGCUGCCGUCUCCAUCCUUGCGGCACUUCCGUCCUUCUCGCUUCCCAAACUCAUCUCUGAUUGCAGCAGUGAGAUUGCUUCAUGCUUCGAUUCCCCAUCUGACAACCUCCGUUUCUCCAUCACUGAGACACUUGGCUGCAUCCUGGCGCGCGAUGAUCUCGUUACAUUGUGCGAGAACAACGUGGGUCUCCUCGACAAGGUCUCCAACUGGUGGGCUCGGAUCGGCCAGAACAUGCUAGACAAAUCCGACGCUGUUUCCAAGGUUGCCUUUGAAUCCGUAGGCAGAUUGUUCCAGGAGUUUGACUCCAAGCGCAUGAGCCGUCUUGCUGGCGACAAGCUCGUAGACAGCGAGAAUUCCCUGGCCAUCAGGUCCAAGUGGGUGUCUUCCAUGGUCGACAUUGUAUGGAAAAAGAGGAGCGCUUUGAUGGCUAGGUCUUUAGUCCUUCCUGUCGAAACCUUCAGAGCCACUGUGUUCCCUCUCGUCUUUGCUGUAAAGGCUGUAGCUUCGGGUAGUGUCGAAGUGAUAAGACAGCUUUCCAAGGCUUCCUUUAUUGCUGCGGCUAAUGCCACGGCUGUCGAUUCCAACGCCGAGAAGCUGGUUGGCGUCUCCGAUCUGGUCACCCAUUUGGCCCCGUUCCUGGCUUCCUCUCUGGAUCCGGCUUUGAUUUUUGAAGUGGGAAUUAACAUGCUCUACCUGGCAGAUGUUGCCGGAGGGAAGCCAGAGUGGGCUUCACAGUCCAUUAUUGCAAUUUUAACACUCUGGGACCGCCAAGAGUUUUCUUCUGCUAGAGAGAGUAUAGUCAGGGCGGUGGUCACCAACCUGCACUUGCUUGAUCUGCGCAUGCAGGUCUCUUUGUUUAGAAGACUACUGCUUAUGGUGAGGAACUUGAGAGCAGAAUCGGACAGGAUGCACGCCUUAGCCUGUAUCUGUCGGACAGCUCUAUGUGUUCACCUUUUUGCCAGAGAAAGUGCCCGAAGAGGUCAGAAGCCCCUUACUGGGACAGAUAUUAUUUCUCUAUUUGAGGAUGCAAGAAUAAAAGAUGAUCUCAAUAGUGUUACCAGUAAAAGCCUGUUUCGGGAGGAGCUGGUGGCCAUGCUUGUGGAAAGUUGCUUCCAGUUAUCUCUACCUCUGCCUGAACAAAAGAACUCGGGUAUGGAGAGCAGAGUGAUUGGUGCACUAGCAUAUGGCACUGGUUAUGGUGCUUUGAACUGGACCGAACCAGCCCUUGAGGUUGUGGAAGUUUGCAGGCCUUGUGUCAAAUGGGAUUGUGAUGGCAGGACGUACGCAAUUGAUUGCUAUUUGAAAUUGCUUGUUAGGCUCUGCCAUAUCUAUGAUACCCGAGGAGGAGUGAAGAGGCUUAAAGACGGUGCUUCGCAGGAUCAAAUAUUAAAUGAGACCCGAUUACAGAACUUACAACGUGAGCUUGUUAAGGAUCUCCAAGAGGUAAAUACCCCAAGAAUCCUUGGGCGUCUUAUAUGGACAAUCGCAGAACAUAUUGAUCUAGAAGGUCUGGAUCCACUUUUGGCUGAUGACCCUGAUGAUCCUUUAAAUAUUAUCAUAGCAAAUAUACAUAAGGUUCUCUUCAACUUGGAUGCCGCUGCUACUACAUCAAAUAGGCUGCAAGAUGUUCAGGCAGUCUUAUUAUGCGCCCAAAGGAUGGGAUCACGUCAUGCAAGAGCUGGCCAAUUAAUAACCAAAGAGCUUGAAGAGUAUAGGAACCAUGCUGCUGCAGAUACAGUUAGCAAACAUCAAACCCGUUUAAUUUUACAGAGGAUCAAAUAUGUUUCAAAUCUUCCUGAAAGAAAGUGGGCUGGAGUUAGUGAGACAAGAGGAGAUUACCCUUUCAGCCACCAUAAGCUUACUGUUCAGUUUUACGAACCAUCAGCUGCUCAAGACAGAAAAUUAGAAGGUUUAAUUCACAAGGCCAUUUUAGAGCUUUGGAGGCCAAAGCCCACUGAAUUAACACUCUUCCUUACAAAAGGGGUCGACUCGACUUCUAUCAAGGUUCCUCCCACAGCAUAUCCCUUGACUGGAAGCAGUGACCCUUGCUAUAUAGAAGCUUACCAUUUAGCAGAUACAAAUGAUGGAAGGGUCACUUUGCACUUGAAGAUAAUUAAUUUGACAGAGCUUGAGCUGAAUCGUGUGGAUAUACGGGUUGGAUUAUCUGGUGCCCUAUACUUCAUGGAUGGUUCUCCUCAAGCAGUGCGGCAGUUGCGUAAUCUUGUCUCGCAGGAUCCUGUACAAUGCAGUGUCACCGUAGGUGUCUCCCAAUUUGAAAGAUGUGGUUUCUGGGUUCAAGUCCUUUACUAUCCAUUCCGUGGCGCUAGGGGAGAUUAUGACGGUGAUUACAUAGAAGAGGAUCCACAGAUCAUGAAGCAAAAGAGAGGUUCAAAAUCAGAACUCGGAGAGCCUGUGAUCUUAAGAUGUCAGCCUUACAAGAUCCCACUGACUGAGCUUCUUCUCCCGCACAAAAUCUCACCAGUCGAGUUCUUUCGUUUGUGGCCUAGCUUGCCAGCUGUUGCAGAGUACACUGGCACAUAUAUGUAUGAAGGAAGCGGUUUCAUGGCGACCGCGGCACAACAGUAUGGUGCUUCACCAUUUUUAAGCGGGCUCAAAUCAUUAUCCUCCAAGCCAUUCCACAGAGUCUGUUCCCACAUUAUACGCACAGUUGCUGGAUUCCAGCUUUGUUACGCUGCAAAAACGUGGCAUGGAGGUUUUGUGGGAAUGAUGAUUUUUGGGGCUAGUGAAGUGAGCAGGAACGUGGAUCUGGGGGACGAGACGACCACCAUGAUGUGCAAGUUUGUGGUUAGAGCCUCAGAAGCAUCAAUCACAAAGCAAAUAGAGUCAGAUCUUCAGGGAUGGUGCGAUGAUCUAACUGACGGGGGUGUUGAGUAUAUGCCAGAGGAUGAAGUGAAAGCAACAGCAGCUGAGAAACUGAAAAUCUCUAUGGAGAGAAUAGCUUUGUUAAAGGCAGCUCAGCCGAAAAAUAUUCCAAAGACGGAGGAUGAGGAAACCGAAAAUGAAGAAGAUGAUGAUGAUGAUGAAGAAGAAGAAGAAAAGAAAAAGGAGAAAGAAGAGGGAAAGGAAAAGGAAGAGAAGAAGAAAAAAGAAAAGGAAAAAGGAACACUAUCUAAGCUGACAGCAGAAGAAACAGAGCACAUGGCGCUUCAGGCAGCAGUGCUCCAAGAAUGGCACAUGCUGUGUAAAGAUAGAAAAUUUACCAAAGUUAACUAACACAACCUGAGAGAGAGAGAGAGGAAUUGCUGUUUCCAAGAUGAAGGUGCUAAGAUCUUUGUAUUCUUUUGUGUGUGGUUUCUUCUUAGGACUAGAGAUUUUGUCUUGAUCUUUGUAUUCUUUUGUGUGUGGUUUCUUCUUAGGACUAGAGAUUUUGUCUUGAUCUUUGUAUUCUUUUGUGUGUGGUUUCUUCUUAGGACUAGAGAUUUUGUCUUGCUGAUGAAGUAAAGAAACAAGGUUAUUUAUUA